UAACCAACCAAGUAAUCUCUCAUCUUCAAUUUUGUCACUCCAAAAACAUCAACAAUGGCGUCGGAAUCCUCUCCAUCUCCGCCACCGGAAUUCCCACCUGUAGACCCAACUAAUUUUGACCUGAUCGUAAUCGGCACCGGAUUGCCCCAAUCAAUCAUCGCCGCCGCCGCUUCAACCGCCGGAAAAUCUGUCCUUCAUCUCGAUCCUAACCCUUUCUAUGGCUCCCAUUUUUCCUCUCUCUCUCCUCCCAACCUUUCCUCAUUCAUUCUCUCUCCUCCUUCUCGACCUUUUCUAUCUUCUACCAUUUCCGAAGAAUUCGAUGUACUUUCUCUAACUUCUCGUUCUUUAUACUCGGGGAUCGAGAUCUCUCCUUUACCUAACGAAUUGGAGGCUCUAGCUCAGAGAUUUUGCUUCGAUGUUUCGGGACCUAGGGUUUUAUUCUGCGCUGAUUCAGCGAUUGAUUUGUUGCUUAAAUCUGGUGUUAGUCAUUAUAUGGAGUUUAAGAGUGUUGAUGCCGUGUUGUUUUAUGAUGCUGAGAGUUCCACAUUCUCGAAUGUACCAGAUGAUAGAAAUGCCGUUUUCGCAGUUGGGAAUUUGAAAUUGACUGAGAAGACUAAGUUGGGUCUUUUUUUUAAGCUUGUUAGAGAUUAUUUGAGUGGACAAGCAGCUGAUGUUAUUUCAGAUGAAGAUUUAGAGUCUCCUUUUGUUGAUUUUUUGGACAAGAAAUUGCCUCCUAAAUUUAAACGGAUUAUUCUGUAUGCCAUAGCACUUGCAGAAUAUGACCAAGAAAAUUUAGAAGUCUGUAAAGAUUUGCUCAAGACAAAGGAUGGUAUUGGUCGUCUAGCUUUGUAUCAUUCAUCAAAGGGGAGAUUCCCAAAUGCACCAGGUGCUAUGUUAUAUCCUAUGUAUGGCCAAGGAGAGUUGCCACAAGCUUUUUGCCGUCGUGCUGCUGUCAAAGGAUGCAUAUAUGUACUACGAAUGCCAGUAACAGCUUUGCUUGCAGAUAAGGGUAGUGGGAAAUAUAAAGGUGUGCGAUUGGCUUCUGGUCAGGAUAUCUUCAGUCAGCAAUUGCUUAUCGACCCCAAUUUUGAAGUUCCUGAAGCUUUGGCUUUGUCUAGGUUGGGUGGCGAACAAGGAGGCUCUCAGAAUUCCAUCAUAAGAGAUGUGAAAAAGGUGGCAAGGGGAAUUUGCAUUGCAAGGACAUCAUUGAAGGCAGAUGCCUCACAAUCAGAUGCUUCUAACCUUUUGAUAGUGUUUCCCCCGAGAUCUUUGUACCCUGAGCAGGUAACAACAGUCAGAGCUCUCCAACUAUGCAGCAAUUCAGCAGUGUGGCCUGUUGGCAUGUUUGUUUUUCAUCUCUCCACUUUAUGUGAUGAUGCCAGCAAAGGGAAGAAUUUGCUAACUGCUGCAAUGAAUGUUUUAUGUACGCAAUCUAUUUCUGAAACGGACCCUUCUGAAGACCCUAAAGACAAUUCUGCGACUCAGAGUGGUGUUACUGAAGAACAAAAUCCUGCAUUCAUCUGGACUGCCUUGUUUAUCCAGGAAAUAACAGAGGAAUCAGUUCAUACUAUCAGCAUCAGCCCCUCACCUGAUGGAAACUUGAGCUAUAGUAACCUCAUUGAUACUACCGAGAAGAUGUAUCGACAAAUGUUUCCUGGCGAUGAAUUUUUUCCGGAGAUAGCUUCUACUGAUGAACCUGACGCUGCAGAAGACGUGCCUGAAUAGUGGUGAAAUAAUAUGAGAAAAUGUAGCAAAGUGGUAAAAGCUACUUGACUAAAGAAUUGGCAUGGGCUUUGAGUCACUAGAAUAGUUAUUCAAGAAUAGAUGUUUGCUAUUUUUGUUAUGUAUUUCACCAUAAUUUUGAGAGUAUUUUUUUGGUACUUUUUCAAAAAUCUAAACUUUGGGAUUUUUUAAUUUUUAAAGUGGAUUGGAAACAUGAAUUAUUGUUUUAAUCUCUCAGCAAAGUGGUAAAAUACAUUGAUUUUUAUCAAAAGAAAUAAAUAAAUACAUUGACGAAAGUUUGUUUAGUUAUAAAAUUGGUUCUUGGGUUGUCAAAAAUAUAUGCAAUUUGAGAUAGUCUUUUCUUAGAUGGACUAUAUAUCACUUUCAUGGGGAGAAAUUUGGAUUUGGUUUUCGCUAUCUCUUUUCUAUUUUUUUUUUUCUCGGCUUAUCUUAU